UUCAAGUAUUCGAGCAAUAUGUUGUCGAUCAGAUUGAUAGCCGUACUCUCAGCUGCAUCAAUUGCAGUCACAUCAGCUACUCCGGUUGCUGAUUCGAGCUGCACUAUUUCCAGCUUCGACCAAGUAGCUUCAGUGUUAGCUGAAUGUACAGACAUUGUAGUAUCCAAUCUUGAAGUACCUGCUGGCGAAACUUUGAAUCUUGAGACCAAGAAAAAAGGAGUAACUAUAACUUUCGAGGGUAAGACUACCUUCGCAUAUAAAGAAUGGUACGGACCUCUUCUGAGGGUAAAAGGAAAAGCCAUCACUGUUGUGGGAGCUAAAGGCUCAGUCCUUGAUGGACAAGGACAGCUCUAUUGGGAUGGCAAAGGAGGAAACGGAGGAAUAACGAAGCCGAAAUUUUUCAAAAUAAAGGCAACAGAAGGUUCCCAUUUCAAAAAUAUCAAUUUACUGAACUGCCCAGUACAGUGCACUUCCAUUGAUCAUUCUGGACCACUCACUCUCAGUGGAUGGAACAUUGAUGUUUCCCAAGGAGACAAAGAUGCAUUGGGUCACAAUACUGAUGGAUUCGACAUCAACACCACAGAUCAACUGACAAUCGAAGAUACCGUGGUCAAAAACCAAGAUGAUUGCAUCGCGGUCAACCAAGGCACAAAUUUCAUCUUUAACAAUUUGGAUUGUUCCGGAGGCCAUGGUUUGAGUCUGUCAGUUGGCACCAGCCAUGAAAUUAUCAAGAACACCGUCAGAAAUGUCACUUUCUCUAAUUCAGUUGUUCGCAAAUCGAGGAAUGGGAUCCAUAUCAAAACACAUACCAAUUCCGGGGAAGGUAUCAUCGAGGAUGUUACUUACAGUAACAUUGCUAUGGAAGGUAUCUGGAAGUAUGCUGUCAACGUGGAACAGGACUAUAAAAAGGGCAAACCCACUGGAAUACCCGUUGGCAACAUACCCAUCAAAGGUCUACAUCUGGAAAAGGUCACCGGAACUUUGACCGGAGAAGAAUCGACUCCGGUGUAUAUCAUUUGCGCUGAUGGUGCUUGCAGCAACUUCAACUGGUCGGGAGUAUCAUUUGAAGGUGCUUCGCACGCUAGUAACUGUAGUUACGUACCUACUGGCUAUUCUUGUUGAUCAGUCUAUGAUGGAUAUAUCAAAGUUUUUUAUGGAAUUGUACAUAUUUUUUUAAUUCAACAAUAUUAAUAAAUAAAAACUCAUACUUGCCUAUCUAGUUUAUUUUAUACUGAGAGUA